AUGGGGACACUGCAAGAGCUUCCGAGGGACGUGCUCCUGAUGAUUCUCCACAAGCUUGCAACUACGAAGGGCCCUCGGACCUUACUGUUGUCCACGUGCGCCUGCAAAGCGCUUGGAAGCGCUGCGGAGAGCGCUCCCGGUUUCUGGAAGGCGGCGUUCUGGUUUCGCUCGAACGUGAGCGAGUUCUGCGAGGAGGAUUUUGCCGCAUUCGAAGCUGAAGUGGAAGCCCUGGGAGGGUACAAGCGACUGCUGGCCGCACGCGCUGCAAGUUUCAGGCCUUCUGAGCGAAUUGAUCAAGAUGGAAAUAAGCGAGGGCAACCUGAACAAACGCAACGUGAACAAUCCCAAGCUCUGGAAACGUCUGUUACCGCCGCGGGUCCGAAAGAUGAGUUGAAGCCGGAGAUUACGGGGAGGGUCUUGGCGUUACUUCAAGUCAAAGACAAGCCUGUAGCGUUCGGAGCUUUCAAUCCUUGGGAAAACACGGACCAAGCAGCGCCGAGUUCUGCAAAGACGGUGACCGCAAAGCGCUUACGCCUACGACCUUUGGUCCCUUUGGACGAUGCAAGGAACGAGAUUGCCGCAAUUCAUAAGCUAGUUACUCUGACCCUCGACUACGCGCGCGACGUGGAGCAGACCCUCAACACGGUCGCCAAGAGCGCCCCAGCCAUGGGAGGACUUCAAGACCUUCCGAGCGACGUGCUCCUCAUCAUUCUCUACAAGCUUGCAAGUAGGCAGGGCCCUCGUACCUUACUGAUAGCCACCUUCGCCUGCAAAGCGCUUGAAACCGCUGCGGAAAGCGUUCCCGGUUUCUGGAAGGCGGCGUUUUUGUUUCCUGCGGUCUUGAACGACUUUUGCAAGGAUGAUUUUGAGGCGUUCGAAGCUGAAGUGGAAGCCUUGGGGGGGUACAAGCGAUUGCUGGCCGCGGGGGCUGCAAAUUUCGGGCCUUUCAAACGAAGUGAACGAGAGGCAUCAAACUCGCUCUCAAAGAGCUGUACCUCCGCGAUUCCGAAAGCUGCCUUGAAGCCGGGGAUUGCGGGGAGCGUCUUGGCGUUGCUUUGUCUCAAAACCAAGCCUGUGGCGUUUGGAAUUCUCAAUCCAUGGGAAGACUCAGGCCAAGCAGCGCCCGGUUCUGCGGAGAAGGUGAUCACAAUUAAGCGCUCGGGUUUACGACCUUUGGUCCCCUUGGAAGAAGUGAGGAAAGAGAUUGCCGCAAUCCGCAAGGUCCAAGCGGCGCAGGAACAGGCCUCCGAGCCUCCCCCAGCUGCUAAGCUCAGCACGCAACUAGCGGUCGCGUGCUUGGUGAGAAGCGACGGACGGUCGCUCCAGAUCAUCGGGGCGGAAAUGAUCACCCCCACCUGCACGCUGUUCCGUCGGCAGUCCUGUCUCGAGUCGCGGUACUCGGUGGAGUACAAUUUCCAGCAGAUGCGCCCCUUGGGUAGCUACGUCUGGCUCAACGACCGGCUGUGCAAAGUCCGAAGCGAGGAGAGGGCGACCUGGCGGGCCUGCCUGGGGUGCUGCGCGCCACGUGACGUCACGGAACCGCUUGAGCUGACGAACGCACCUCCUGCAGUGGCGAAGGUUGCAGAGGAGGCUUUCGAGGAGAUUAGCGGGGUUCGUGGUUGGGAGUACAUCUUUGGCCCAGGGUAUUAUGAUCUUAACGAGAAAUCGGGGGGGCCCGAACAACAUGUGACGGCGGGCCCGACGAAAGUGUCGGAUGCGCUGGUGGCGCUCAUGACACGCCGUCCAUCAGGCUUAACUCCCUCUUUGGUCGUGCAAACCUACCCCGGGGUUACGCACGAGGGGCGCCCCGUUAAUAUCGGCUAUGGUAUCAGUCCUGUCGACGAGUUUAGCAACACGCUGUUCGGUUCCACGCAUGGUGCUUCAAACCCCAAGUAUCAACUUUGGGCAGUAGAAGGGCUGCUCCCAAUGUUGGACGAAGAGAUUUUCUUCAUCAGCGAGGAGUAG